CGGCCACUCCCCCGCAGCUGCCCUGGACCUCGGCCCGCAGCCCGGACCGCUCUCGGCGCAGCUCCCGCUGCUCAGAGCUGCCCCGCCUGGGUGGUGGCCUGGUAGGAUUUCCUGCGGGAGGAAGCACUUUGGGGGUCACCGAAGGGCCACAGGGAAGGCCUUGGGGUUGACCUGACCCCCGCCCCCGGGAGGUGUCGGGGGCUGCACCCUGGAACUGGGGCCUGAAAGGGGCUGACAUCCGGGAAGCAGAUGGGGAACUGAGGCCCCACACCCUUCCUCCUCCUCCUCCUCCUCUUCCCCCUCUCCCCCCUGGCCUGGGCUGGCGGAAGGUUAUUUUGGACCACUCCUGACCGGGUGGGGCCGUGUGGGUGGCCCUGCAGUCCCCAGGGAGCCCGGGGUUGGAUGGUUGCCUGUUUUGUCAGAUGGGCGGCAGGAGGCCCCAGAGGCCGCGUCCAGGCCCUGAGCUGCUCUAGCACUGCAGACCUGCAGGGAGUGGACCGCAGACAUGGCCCAGCCGCUGCCUUUAGUCCUCAACGCUCCCGAGAGAGAAGGGGAGCAAGACCAGGAGCCCAGCCCCAAUGAGGAGAGCGAAGUGCACGACUCCUUCCACCAGCUUAUCCAAGAGCAGAGCCUGCGGGCAGCCGAGGAGGGGCUGGAGCUGCGGCCGCUCACCAGGACCCCGCGGGACCCAGGCCAUGCCCACCAGACCCUCCCGGGGCCCAAGGGGGGUCCCGUCUACAGCGCGGCCACGCUCCGAGUCCUGGCCAGCAUGCCUAGCCGCACCAUUGGCCGCAGCAGAGGAGCCAUCAUCUCCCAGUACUACAACCGCACAGUGAGACUGCGGCACCGGAGCAGCCGGCCGGUGCUGGGGAACGUGACGCGCGCUGCCCGCCCCAGCCUCCGCCUCUAUGACCUAGAGCUGGACCCUGCGUCCCUGGAGGAGGACGAGAAGCGGAGCCUCCUGGUGAAGGAGCUCCAGGGCCUCUCGGUGGCCCAGCGGGACCACACGCUCCGGGGGAUGCCCCUGAGCCUGGCUGAGAAGCGCUGGCUGCGAGAGGAGAGCUGGGCCUCUCGGGGGAAGCCGAGGGGCCGGCAGGGCCGUGGGGUGUCCUGCUGCAGCCGGCUCAGAUACGCCUGUAUCCUGGGGCUGCACAGCCUGGGGCUGCUGCUGCUCUCCGGCCUGCACUACGGGCGCCCGUGGCACUACGCCUUGAAGCAGAUUGGCGGCCAGUUCGGCUCCAGCGUGCUCUCCUACUUCCUCUUCCUCAAGACGCUCCUGGCCUUCAAUGCCCUGCUGCUGCUGCCGCUGCUGGCCUUCAUCGUGGGCGUGCAGGCCGCCUUCCCACCGGCCCCGCCGGACCCACCCCGCCCCGCCGCUUCCUUCACUGGGCUGGAGCUCCUCACUGGCGGGGGCUGCUUCACCCACACUGUCAUGUACUACGGGUACUACAGUAACACCACACUGAACCAGCCGUGUGCCCCACCCCAGGAUGGCAGCCAGUGCAGCGCCCGGGCAGGCAGCCUGCCCUACAGCAUGCCCUUGGCCUACCUCUUCACUAUCGGAGCAGCCUUCUUCAUCACCUGCAUCACGCUGGUGUACAGCAUGUCCCGUUCGUUUGGGGAGAGCUACCGAGUGGGCAGUACCAAGGGCAUCCAUGCCCUCACCGUCUUCUGUUCUUGGGACUACAAAGUGACCCAGAAGUGGGCCUCCCGUGUCCAGCAGGACGGCAUUCGGACCCAGCUGAAGGAGCUGCUGGCCGAGUGGCAGCUGCGCAGCAGCCCGCGGAGCGCGUGUGGCAGCGUGCGGCGGGGGCUGGCGCGGGGGCUGGCGUGGCUGCUGUGUCUGGGGACCUCGCUGGGCUGUGCCGUGGCUGUGCUCACCUUCUCAGAGGUCACCAUCCAGAACCCUGGGAAUGGCAGCCAGGAGGCACGAUUGCUCGCCCUGCCCCUGGUGGUCAGCCUCCUCAACCUGGGGGCCCCCUACCUGUUCCGCGGUCUCGCCAGCUUGGAGCAGCACGAGAGCCCCAUACUGGAGGUGUAUGUGGCCAUCUGCAGGAACCUCAUCCUCAAGCUGGCCGUCCUGGCUGUGCUGUGCUACCACUGGCUGGGCCGCAGGGUGGCCGCGCUGCAGGGCCGCUGCUGGGAGGACUUUGUGGGCCAGGAGCUGUACCGCUUCACAGUGAUGGAUUUCUUCUUCACGCUGCUCGACACGCUGUUCGGGGAGCUGGUGUGGAGGCUCUUCUCAGAGAAGCAGCUCAAGAGGAGGCGGAAGCCCGAGUUUGACAUUGCGAAGAACGUUCUGGAUCUGAUUUACGGGCAAACUCUGGUCUGGCUGGGCGUCCUCUUCUCCCCGCUCCUGCCAGCCGUGCAGAUCCUCAGACUACUGCUGCUCUUCUAUAUCAAGAAGGCAAGCCUGAUGGCCAACUGCCAGGCGCCGCGCCGGGCCUGGCUGGCCUCGCACAUGAGCACCGUCUUCCUCACGCUGCUCUGCUUCCCCGCCUUCCUGGGCGCCACCGUCUUCCUCUGCUACGUCAUCUGGCAGGUGAAGCCCUCCGCCACCUGCGGCCCCUUCCGGAACCUGGACAGCAUGUACGAGGCGGGCACGGUGUGGGUGCGUCGCCUGGAGCGGGCGGGCCCCGGCGCCUCCUGGCUGCCCUGGCUGCACUACCACCUGGUGGAGAACACCCUCUUCGUCUUCCUGGUGUCAGCCUUGCUGCUGGCGGUCAUCUACCUCAACAUCCAGGUGGUGAAGGGCCAGCGGGAGGUCAUCUGCCUGCUCAAGGAGCAGAUCCGAAAUGAGGGGGAGGACAAAAUCUUCUUGAUCAACAAGCUUCACUCUGUGUAUGAGAAGAGGGAGAGGAGCAGGGCCAGCAGGAACCAGGGGGCUGGCGUGUCCCCCGCCGCCCUGGCAGAUGAGGGAGAUGCUUGCCGGGAUGGCGAAGGGCACUGCCGGCAUGCCUGGCACCCCCGCUCAGCCCCUCAUGUCACAGCCCUGCAAGCAGAAACGUGGACUUGACCCCAGGCCGGUGCGGCACCAGGCGGGAGAAGCCUGCCUUCUGUGAAUGGCGGCCUAGCUGAAGUCUGGGGGCA